AUGGCCCUCCGGCCCGCCUCCCUCUCACCCUCGCUGGCUUCCGCCGCCCGCCGCUCCUUUGCCUCGUCGCGAUCCCUGAAGGCGGCCUCGGCGGCUCCUUUCUUCCCCAACGAGCCCGAGGGUCCUUCCAUCAAGACGGCCAUUCCCGGCCCCAAGACCAAGAAGCACAUUGACGAGCUUAAUGACGUCUUUGACACCCGCAGCAUGAACAUGCUAGCCGACUACACCAAGAGUGUGGGCAACUACAUCGUCGACCCCGAUGACAACACGCUUCUCGAUGUCUUCGCCCAGAUUGCCUCCAUCCCAGUGGGCUACAACAACCCCAACCUCAUCAAGGCGGCAUCCACCCCCGACAUGGUCAAUGCCAUUGUCAACCGUCCCGCUCUCGGUGCCUUCCCCUCCCACGACUACGCCUCUAUCCUCAAGACGGGCAUCCUCAAGGUUGCGCCGAAGGGCCUCAACCACGUCUUCACGGCCAUGGCUGGCUCCGACGCCAACGAGACCGCCUACAAGGCUGCUUUCAUGUACCGCCGCCAGCUCGACCGUGGCAGCCCCGACGCCGACUUCACCCAGGCUGAGCUCGACUCCGCCAUGAACAACCAGGCCCCUGGCGCUCCCCAGCUCUCCAUCAUGUCCUUUAAGACGGGCUUCCAUGGCCGCCUCUUCGGCUCCCUCUCUACCACCCGCUCCAAGGCCCUCCACAAGAUCGAUAUUCCUGCCUUCGAUUGGCCCCAGGCUACAUUCCCUCAGCUUAAGUACCCUCUCGAGGAGAACGUCGCCGAGAACGCCAAGAUCGAGCAGGCCAGCCUCGACGAGGUCGAGCACCUCAUCAAGACCUGGCACCUGCCCCCGGCUGCCAUUGUCGUUGAGCCCAUCCAGAGCGAGGGCGGCGACAACCACGCCUCGCCUGACUUCUUCCGCAAGCUGCGUGCCCUGACCAAGAAGCACAACGUUCUACUCAUCGUCGAUGAGGUCCAGACCGGUGUCGGCGCUACCGGCAAGUUCUGGGCUCACGAGCACUGGAACCUUCAGGACCCUCCGGACAUGGUUACCUUCUCCAAGAAGGCCCAGGCUGCCGGUUUCUACUACGGCAACACUGCCAUCCGACCCAACAAGCCCUACCGACAGUUCAACACCUGGAUGGGCGACCCCGUCCGCGCCCUUCUCUUCCGCGCCAUCAUCGGUGAAAUUGAGCGUCUCGACCUCGUCAACAACACUGCCAAGGUUGGUGAGUAUCUCUAUAGCGAGAUCGAGGGCCUUGCCAAGAAGUACCCCGGCGAAUUCCAGAACCUCCGUGGCAAGGGCCAGGGCACUUUCCUCGCCUUCGACAACGCGCGCCGCGAUGAGUUCCUUGCCAAGGCAAAGAUGCUGGGUGUUAACAUGGGCGGCAGCGGCAACAGCGCCGUCCGCCUGCGGCCCAUGCUGAUCAUGCAGCAGAAACACGCCGACAUCCUCCUCGACACUCUUGAGAAGAUUGCUAAGUCGUAG